UAUACAGAUUUUGAUGAUAAAGUUCAGGAAUCAGAAAUAUGGCCAGGCAAGCACGAGAAAUUGAGAGCAGGGAUAGGGACAGAAACAAUAUUCAGACUCUGAAUGAUGAAAUUUCAGAUGAAACUGUAAAUGAAAUUUCGGAUGAAACAGAAGCUGUCAAACGGCAUGGAGACGAGCAAGAAAAUAUUCUACCCAACCUUGUAAAUGGAGAUUUCAGGCAAAGUGAGGGUAGUGAUGAUACUUCUUCUAGUAAAAAGUUAGACUUUGUUGAGGAUGGGAAUAAUCAAACUUCUAGUAUUUCAAAUAUAGAGGUUUCAGAUGAUCGGGAAAGCACUAACCAGGAUGUAACAAAGUCUGAACAGAAUUUACACUUACCAGACAAUGCUCCUUUUAGGGAGUCCAGAAAGUCCAGCAAUGGUUCCCUGCAAGUAAAACCAAGGUCAGUGAAAGAAGCUAGGGAGUAUCUUUCUACAAAAGAUGACAAAACAAAGCUAAAUGAAGAGCUCCGGUUUGAACCUGUCCCUAGAAGUGAUGUUCUUGGAAGGCUACAAAGUGCUAAAGACUUUGGUAACAAUGGAAGCCAGGGAGAGUUCGUGGUCAGCAAUGUUUUAGCUUCUGUGGUUCCAGAUGAAACAUCAGAUCCUCCAUCUACUGAAAAUAGUAACAGUGAUUCAAUGAUAGAAUCAUCUGUUAAAUAUGAGAAGUGGAUGGAGGAAAACUUUAAUGAAUUUGAACCUAUAGCUAAGAAGAUUGGAGUUGGUUUUAGAGAUAAUUACAUGGUUUCAAGAGGAAAAGCAGAUGAAGAAUCAAUUAUGAGUUCGGACAUGACACAGCUUGGAUCUAACGAAGAAGAUGACAGUGAACUUGAAUGGAUGAAAGAUGAUAGUCUAAGGGAAAUUGUCCUUCAAGUCCGAGACAAUGAGUUGGCAGGAAGGGAUCCGUUUCAUAUGAUGGAUGCUGAAGAUAAGGAUGCAUUUUUUAAGGGUCUUGAGAAGAAAGUUGAGAAAGAGAGUACAAACCUGACGAAACUGCAUGAGUUACUCCAUUCGAACAUUGAAAACCUCACUUAUGGUGCAGACGGUAUCAGCAUCUAUGAUCCACUAGAGAAAAUUAUACCCCGCUGGAAAGGUCCCCCAUUAGAAAAGAGUCCUGAAUUCUUGAAUUAUUUCCAAGAGCAGCGGAAGUCAAUUUUUGCUGAGAAUGAUGGGACUUCGGUGAAUAAAGACGAGCAGAACUUUCUUCAAAACUCAACAGGAUCCCAAUCCCAUGAGAAUAUUGCUGCCACUCCCAUAACCAAUGACCCAAAUAAGAAGGAUAUUAGAAGUUCAAAGACAAUUAUAGAAGGGAGCGAUGGUUCUGUUAGGGCUGGAAAAAAAUCAGGAAAGUAGUUUUGACAACACACAGAAAAAUGGUCUCAGGGGUUUUUGGAAUCCUACAACACGGAGACAGACCCAGAAAUUAAAUCCACUAUGAGAGACAUGGGGAAGGGUUUAGAUCGAUGGAUCACUGAAAAAGAAAUACAGGAAGCUGCUGAUCUGAUAGACAGAAUGCCUGAAAAAAGUAAGGAAUUCAUGGAAAAGAAACUCAGCAAGCUAAGAGAGAUGGAAUUGUUUGGGCCACAAGCUUUUGUGAGCAAAUACCAUGAAUAUGCAGAAGAUAAGAAAGAAGAUUACUUGUGGUGGUUCGAUCUUCCUUAUGUGCUGUGCAUUGAGCUGUACACAGUUGAUAAUGAAGAACAAAGGAUUGGAUUUUAUUCAGUGGAGAUGGCUGCGGAUCUUGAAUUGGAACCAAAGCCAUACCAUGUGAUUGCUUUCGAGGACAGUAAUGAUUGCAAAAAUCUUGGUUAUGUCAUACAGGCUCAAAUGGAAACACUUGGGAAUGGCCAUGCCUUUGUUGUUGCCCAGCAACUAAGGAUGUUUUUCGAGAAGCCAAAACAAAUGGCUUCAGUGUAACUGUCAUUAGGAAAGGAGAGCUUCCGCUCAAUGUGGACCAAACUUUGGAAGAAGUAGAGGAACAGAUCAGUGAGAUUGGGAGCAAAAUCUACCAUGAUAGGAUCAUGCGGGAGCGCUCUAUGGAUAUAAGCUCGUUGAUGAAGGGUGUAUUUGGGUUCAGCGGCAGACCUAUUAUGAAAAAAAGACCAACACAAACAAUGAAGAGUGCAAUUGGUUUCAGUGGCAAGCCCGCUAAGAAGUCCUUCAUUCUGAUGGG